AUGAAUACAAACUUUACUUGGUCAACAACCGAAAAAGGUGAAAAAGCCAUUUUAUAUGAGAAUUACUUAUAUCGAUUAAAACGUGAAAAUCAGAACGGUUCAUUAAUUUUUGUCUGUACUUCCAAAUGGUGCCAUUGUGCUAUUACUGUUAAAAAUGAUUUAAUUAUAAAAUCAAAGGCUGGAAAUCGUAAUCAUGAUCCAAAAUUACCAGAAAAUGUUCAAAGAGUACUUUGUGGAUUGAAACGUCGAAUAUUAACUGAUAUUGAUCAACCUGUUACAAAAAUUUAUGAAGAAGAAGUAAAAAAAUUUAGUCGUGGAAAUGGUACAGCUGGUCCAAUUCCAGUCUUCGGAGCAUGGAAAACAACUUUGUACUCUAUUCGUAAAACAAUAUUACCUCCAACACCAACAUGA